AUGGCCGCCUGUGAGCGAGCCGGGGACUGGGAAAUGGCCCUGGCAGUUCUCUCGGUCAUGUUGGUGGCCAGGGUAAUGCCAGACACCAUCAGCUACGGCAGUCUCAUUAGCGCCUGCGAGAAGGCAGCACACUGGCAACUGGCGGUUCAUUUGCUCGUGAGCAUGUGCUCUGUGGACGUCGUGGCGAAUGUGGUGACCUUCAAUGCUGCCAUCAGCGCAUGUGAGCAGCGAGGUCGAUGGCCGGUUGCUCUGGCACUUUUGGGCACCCUCAACGAUCGCAUGCUGCAGCCAGACAUGGUCAGCUACAACAGCGCCCUGAGCAGCUGCGAAAAAGCUUCCUGCUGGCAGCCAGCCCUGCAGCUGUUUACAGACCUCGCUCCGGGCAGGUUGCGGCCCAACGCCAUCACGUUCGGUGCAGCCUUGGGCGCGUGCAGGGGCGCCUGGCAACAGGCCGCAUGGCUCCUCCGCGCAAUGCCUGCAGAGCGCGUUGUAGCAAACGCCGUUUGCUUGGGCGAAGCUGCGGAAGCCUUUGAGCGAGGUGCUCUGUCGCAGCCACUGGCUGGGGUGCUCGGCGCGCUUUCUGAUGCCGACAUCGCCACUGCUCUCAGGGUUGAGCAGCAUUGUUAG